GUCAUGUCGAACUCAAAGCUACUAGCUGGGUUGAAGCUGCCACUCAGUUGAAGAACAUUCCGGGACCAAUCGUUGUUACAGCCCUACGAGACUCCAUCUCCCAUUAGGCAAGAGGCGUGGAGCCAUACCAAGGAACUUACACUUACAUGCGUGGCUAUUACCCACGUGGAGGUACCUGCCUAUCUACAAACCUACACAAAUGCACAUCUCUUAACAAACCUACACACGGUCGCAGGUGCCAUCUCAUCAGCGUGAGGCAACACGACAGCACCCAUCCUCCAGCACCCAGUACCCAAGCUUGGAUGCUUUAACUGAAUCAAUAAUACAAUACUUAUUAUUAAAUACAUUCCACAGAUGGAUACUCGACUUUAAUUCUUCACAGCUCUUUUCCUGGGCUCUAAUCGUCCUGUUGUUCACUCGUCUAACUAUCUAAUUUCGCUGUUCCACUCCUCUGACGAUUAAAGCAGCGAUGGCUGAAUCAUCACCGCUUAAUCAAACUCCCAAGCGCAAGCGUGACGAUGUACUCAACGAACAACGCACUAUCGACGCAUCACCUAACCCUUAUGGUCUAUCUAACACUAUCUUUUCCUUUCAGCCUCCGAUCCUUAAACCAGUGGAUACGUCUCGUAAUGAAACCUUUGAGGACGGUAACAGCAGCCCUCGAAGUAAGGUUGCUCAGCAGUUCCGAGAACUCGCCCUUGGAAGUGGGGGCGGGGUAACUCAUAAUGAAAAGACCGAUGGAACAGUCGUUAUGGGAAAUAGAUCGGGAACGGGAACGGGAGCUGGAACAGAUGAGGCUAGCCUCCAAUCUGUAGUCGAUAGCCCAAGAUUUUCACCAGAACUACCAAUAUUCGAUUUUGAUGGAGGAAGCAGAAGUAGCACGUCUGCCGAAGGCAUGCAACUCGACGAUGUUGACAACCUAUCACGCAAGCGUGUCAAAUUACCCGACCAGCCCAACCAUUCUUAUUUCCAAGACGCGGAUGCGAUGGGGCUAAACGGCGAGGCGAACACGACCGACCUUAGCUCUCUUCAACGACGUAGUCAAUCCCCAACCUUCACGCCACAGACGGUCGUUGAUCCUUCUAUUAUGCGAUUGAUGAGAAAUGAAGGUUCCAGUCGCUUGCGAAAAUCAUACCCAUCUAUCAACCGACUGUCGGAUUCUAAGUCGCGUAGUCGAAAGCGCGCAGGAACGCCUCCUUUAACGAAGCGAAAGACGACAGAUGCAUCUAUCGAAGAGGAACCCGUUAUUGUCGACCCAGUUCGUGCCUCUCUUACGUGGCAUGAAGACGAAAUUACUGUUUACGACCCCGAGGACAAAGAUGAUGACGGUACCGGUAUCAACGGUAUUGGUUUUAAGCCAACUCCUGCGAUCGCCUACGCUCGAGCGCAAAAGCGAAGACAGCAACUCGCCGAUUACAGGAAGCGGGAAGAGAGUGAAGCUAGGGCGAGGAGGAAUCAGCGGCGCCGACAACAACUCGGCAAUGCUGCGCAGUUGGAAAGGCAGCAUUCCAUGUCACGCGUGCGUUUCUCGGAUGCGGAACCAAGUACCGUGGUCACCAAUUGAUCGCGAUGACCAGUCACCAUGUUACGAUUUGAAGACGAAUUCUGGUAUUUGGGGCGUUAUAUAAGCACAACUGGUUACGACUGACGAAUACGGCGUUCGAUAACUCUGGCGCAAAUUAUUGGCACGAGAAAUGGCCAACACAAUGGAAAUGCAUCUUUUAUUUUGGAAUUAUUUGGCUGGAUUGGCUUUUUUUAUUACACAUGGACAGCUAUCAAAAUCGCAUAGCCUCCAACCUCCAUCUAUCGCAGUCCACAUUCCGUGGGAGCCCAAGCUGGCUUAGGCGCCAACAUCAUAGAAAUGCAUGGAUUUCAAGUAUUGGCACCCGGAGGAGAUAAGAUCUCACGGACCAGUAACUAUUAGUAUGUACAGUAGCAACAAUCGCUAUCGAGAAUCUCAUGGAUUAAAUAGGUUCACCAUAAUUUAUACCAACUUUUCUUUGCGAGC